CUCCUCGGGGAGCCGUGUGCUCGAACCAGGGAUCCCUCCCAGUGAGAUUUCCUGCCCGAACAACAUCACCUAAAUAAGAUACACCAUAGUAUGGAGGACGUAGCUAGUGAGCUUUUCACUGUCAAAAUACAUCUUAUCCGGCUCUCCUGACCCCCCUCCUUCCUCCGCCUUCCUUCCUCUGCGCAACCCAAAUUCCCACCCAACCGCUGCCCACAAUUGUUUCAGAUGUCCGAUUUCUCCUCGAGAAAAAGAUAAAUGCCCAGCAAUUCCGACACCUACUGUUUAUACAUUUUCGUAAAAAGUACAAUGAAACGUCAAUUAAAGCAAAUCAUCCUUGCCCAAAUCAUCAAAAACCCUAAACCCCAACUCUUAAACCCUCUACUGGGACAUCUCACAAACUCCCCCGCCCCACAAACUGCCCUUUUCCUGUACAACCAAAUGCUCCACUUCCCAACCUCCCACAAUCACUACACCUUCACUUACGCUCUCAAGGCAUGUUGCUUCCUCCAUGAUGACAACAAGGGACGGGAAGUCCACGCCCGCGUCGUAAAAACUGGGCACUUUUCCGAUACCUUCAUCCAAAACUCGUUGCUUCAUUUCUACGUAACCCAAGCUGACAUUGUAUCCGCUACCCGGGUUUUCGAAUCCAUACCAAACCCUGAUGUUGUUUCGUGGACUUCGAUGAUUUCGGGUCUUAACAAGUGUGGAUUUGUGGAGGAAGCAAUUGUUAAGUUUAUGUCCAUGGAUGUGCAGCCUAAUUCUACUACUCUUGUCAUUGUUAUGUCCGCUUGUUCGAGUUUAGGAGCUUUAAAGUUUGGUAAAUCUGUUCAUGGAUAUUGUAUGAGGAAGUUAUCUGGAAGGAAUGUUAUUUGGGACAAUGCAGUGUUGGAUUUUUACAUGAGAUGUGGGUCUUUGGUGAGUGGACGGUACCUGUUUGUAAAUAUGCCAAAGAGAGAUGUGUAUUCUUGGACUAGCAUGGUGGGUGGUUAUGCACAAAGAGGAUUUUGUGAUGAGGCAGUGAGGCUUUUUCAGGAGAUGGUUCAGGGAGAGGAAGUUGAGCCUAAUGAGGCUACCAUUGUAAAUGUAUUGUCAGCGUGUUCUUCGAUUGGAGCAUUGAGUUUAGGCCAGUGGGUGAAUUCGUAUAUAAGUGCGCGGCCAGAUCUCAUGUUGAAUGGCAUUGUGGGAAAUGCAUUAAUAAACAUGUAUGUAAAGUGUGGUGAAGUAGGUAUGGCAGUUUCAGUUUUUAAAACCCUGGUUUGCAAGGAUAACGUUUCGUGGAGUACCAUCAUAAGCGGCAUGGCCAUGAAUGGUUAUGGUAUACAUGCGUUGCAGCUCUUUUCGCUCAUGCUAGUCCAUGGGAUUCCUCCUGAUGAUGUAACCUUCCUUGGCGUGUUAUCAGCAUGCAGUCACGCAGGUCUAGUCGAUCAAGGGUCAAUGUUUUUCAAUGCUAUGAAAAAUGUUUAUCAGAUCGCCCCUCAAACACAGCAUUACGUCUGCCUAGUUGAUAUGUAUGGUCGAGCGGGGUUCUUGGAGGAAGCAGAGAGUUUCAUUAAGGAAAUGCCAACAGAAGCAGACGGCGCUGUUUGGGGAGCGUUUCUUAAUGCAUGCAAAAUUCAUGGGAAUGAGAAGAUGUUUGAGAGGAUCAGAAAUGAUCUCCUCAAGAGUAGAGGAGUAAGCAUCGGAACUUAUGCUCUUGUAUCGAAUGCAUACGCUACUCACGAACGGUGGGAUGAGGCUAAUAAGGUUCGUGAUGAAAUGAGACAGAAGGGGUUGAAGAAAUUAGCAGCAUAUAGCCAGAUAGAUGUUGAUCCAAAUAUCUUAUAAUCUCAGUACAUGUUUGAUGUACCUUGUACAGUAGAAAUUAUUCAAACACAUUGAGGUUCUUUCA